AUGGCAUCAUUACCAAAUAAUAGUUCAGGAUCGGUAAUGAUUUCACCAAAUCAAGGACCAAUCAGUCAUGAUUCAAAUAAUUUCUCAAGUUCAUCACCAAUUAGUUCACCAUAUCUUAUUCAAAAUGGAGGUCCUCAAUCACCUACAGUAUUCUCCCCAAUUGGUUCAACUUCCCCAAAAACCCAUAAUACUUUAAAUAACAGUAAUAAUAAUAAUAAUAACAAUGGUCAUUUUUCACCACCAACAACAAGUUCAUCUGAUAAUGAUCAUUCAAUCAAUAAACUAAAAACAAGAAGUCAUAGCAGUGAAGAUUUAAAAUCAAUUUCAAGUGAUGAAAAGAAAAAGAAAUUAUUUGUAACACCAAAAUUAAUUGCACCAUCAAAAAAGAAUGGAUCAUCAUCAUCAGAUGAACCACCAGUUUCAAAGACAAUAGAGGGUAGAAUGAAGAGCGAACCAUUUACAAAGAAAUUUAAAUUACCAAGUACAGAGAUUUUGUUACAUGAUUAUAGUGCAGCUUUAUUCAGACAAAUUCUAUUACAUGGUAGAAUAUAUUUAUUUACCAAUCAUAUUUGUUUUGAAUCUAAAAUUUUUGGUAUAAAAACCAGUGAAGUUAUACCAAUUAAAGAUGUUAUACAAAUUAAAAAGAAAAGUAGAUUCACUGUUGGUAUUGAAAUCAUUACCAGUGAAAAUGUAAAAUAUUCAUUCGCAUCAUUUGUAUCAAGAGAUAAAACAUAUAAAGAUCUUUUAGAAGUUUGGAAAGAUGUUACCGGUGAAACUCAUGAAGAUGCCAGUUCUUUAAGUAUAGAUGAUGAUAUUGAGGAUGAGAUUUCAAAUAACGAAUUAGAUAAUCAUAAUAAUAACCAACAACAACAAAUUAAUAAUAAUAAUAAUAAUAAUGUAAAUAAUGUACAACAACAACAACAACAACAACAACAACAACAAAAUGGUAAUUAUAAUAGUAAUAUUAACAAUGAACCGCAACAACAACUACACCAAUCACAACAACAACCAUCACAACAGCAAACCCCAUUAACUUCUUCAAUUGUAAAGGAAGAUAUGACAAAUAUUAAUAAUAACAGUGGCAAUAGUGUAAAUAAUACAUUGACAAAUUCUCAAAUUAAAAAUAUACAACAACAACAACAACAACAACAACAACAACAACAACAACAACAACAACAACAACAACAACAACAACAACAACAACAAAAUCAGCAAAACAAUAAUAGUGAUGGUAGUGGUAGUAAUGAUUCAUCAACAACAGCAAUUCCAGUGGUUGGUAUUGUGGCAGCAUCGACAAUUACAUCAUCAUCGUCAUCAACAACUAUGACCUCAUCAUCAACAACAACAACAACAACUCAACCAUUAACAACAAUAAAAGAGAUUGAAAAAGACCCAUUAGAUGAAAUUUAUGGUGGUGUAGAACAAUAUCUUUCAAAAGAUCAACAACCUCAAUCAAUUUUAGAAAGUCAAAGCUCUGAUUUUCAAGAGAUUUUAUCCGAUAAUUUUAAUGUCAGUGUUGUAAACUUUUAUAGAGCUUUAUAUUCUGAUAGGUGCAAUUUCGUUCAUAGUUAUCAUGUAAAAAGAGGUGAUAUGAAUGUAAAUGUUAAACCUUGGACUUUUCGUGAAAGAUUUGGUACAAUUAGAGAAGUUGAAUAUGUUGCACCAGUAAGUUCACCAAUUGGACCAGAUAAAACUAGAAUUCAAGAAACUCAAAGAUAUCAAUUAACAAGAAAGAAAUUAAUUGUAGAAACAGAUACAAUAAUGUUAGAUAUUCCAUAUGGUGAUCAUUUUAGAAUUGAAGCAAAAUGGGAAGUUACAGAGACAUCACAAGAUACAUGUCGUUUAUCAAUUUCACUCACUGUUAGAUUUGUAAAGAAAACUUGGUUCAAGAGUAAAAUUGAAACUACAACUGUAAAGGAAACAAAAACAUCAUUCGAUAAAUGGGUACAAUUAGCAAAAGUUGAAGUUCAAAAAAUGUUACAAGUUAAACCAUUACCAUCAGCCUCCUCUUCAACUGCUACCAACACCACCAAUAAUAAUAAGGUAGUUAAUCAUCACAAUGGUGCUGGUAGUUUAACACCAACUAUACUCAUUCCAUCUUUAAAUAAAUCAAUGGAUAAAAAUGAAAUGGUAGCACGUUUAAAACAAGAUGAUGAAAGAUUAGAAUCACCAAAACCACAUCAUACAAGAUCACGUAGUAGACAACAUUUAAUAUCAUCUUCAAGUCAAGUUAAUUCAACUUCACCACCACCAAAUCCAAUGAUUUCUUCAAAUAACAAUAACAACAACAGCAACAAUUCUAUUGGUAAUAUUGUUAAUAGUACAAGUAAUAGUAGUAAUAGUUUACAAAGUCAAAUAUCUCCACCAAUAUUACCAAAUUCUCCAUUCAACUUAACCAAUAAUGGUGCUGAUAAUAAUACUAAUAGUACAAACAUUUCAAGUGAUUCAAUUAAAUCAACAUUUGAAAAGAAAAAUAAUAAUCUUGAAAAGGUUAGUGAUGAAAGUGGUAAAUUCAUUUUAAAGACACCAUUUGGUGUUCUUUCAUUUGGUUCAAGUCAAUUAAGCAUUUUAGUUAUUUGUUCACUCUUAUUUAUUCUUUAUUCUUAUAUGUUUAUGAAAAUACUUACUUUAUCUUCAAAAAUUGAUACAAUGGAAUCAAUUUUUAAAGAUUUAAUAAAUAAGAAUUUAAAUAAAUAA